AUGGCAUCACACCGCACCUCUGCGGGCCACAGCCGUCGUGAGGCCCCAGUCGUCGAGGUUGCUGUAGGCGACUUUAUCCGCAAGAACGAGAUUGGCAAGGGCAGUUUCGCCACUGUCUAUCUCGCAUCUCACAGGAAGCGCAAAUCAUAUGCUGCCAUCAAGUCGGUCGUCACAGGAAAGCUGACUGGAAAGUUGAGAGAGAAUCUCAACUCGGAGAUCAACAUCCUGAGAAAGCUCCAGCAUCCCCACAUCGUCGCCUUGUUCGAAUGCGUCGAUACCCCCCAGCACAUCCAUCUGGUUAUGGAGUACUGCCAGAUGUCGGAUCUUGCUGCGUUCAUGAAGGGUAGAGCCCGCAUUGCCGGUUUGCCUGAGACGCGCGAUAUCUUUGACAGAUAUCCCAACGCGACCAACGGUGGCUUGCACGAAGUCCUGGCUCGCCACUUCCUCAAGCAGAUUGCCAGCGCUCUCCAGUAUCUGCGCAAAUACAACUUGAUCCACCGCGACAUCAAGCCGCAGAACUUGUUGCUUAACCCGCCACCAACUUACAUGCAGCAACAAAGACCAGAGGACGUGCCUUUGGCAGCAAGCGAGAACUCGCUCAUCCCUGCCGUCGGUGUGGCUUCUUUGCCCAUGCUGAAGCUCGCUGACUUUGGGUUCGCUCGUCACCUUGCUAGUACUUCGCUGGCUGAGACUCUUUGUGGCUCUCCUUUGUAUAUGGCUCCGGAAAUUCUGGCUUAUCAGAAGUAUGAUGCAAAGGCAGACUUGUGGUCAGUCGGCACCGUGGCCUAUGAGAUGGUUGCUGGAAGACCUCCUUUCAAGGCGACCAACCAUGUUGAGUUGCUUCGUAAGAUUGAUCAAGCACAGGACGUGAUCCAGUUUCCAGCUGGUCUGGUUGUCUCGCGCGAGUUCAAGGACACGAUCAAAUCGCUGCUGAAGAGGCAGCCUACUCAGCGUGUCAGCUUCGACCGUUUCUUUGGGAGUUCCACAAUCGUCGGCGAAAUUCCAGGUCUUGUUGACGAGGACAAACCUCGUGUUGCUGAUGCGUCUGAAUCUGACAUAGCCAUGUCUGCGUUGAGUCUCCAAAUCGACACAGCUGGUGCCGGUCGAGCUCUUCGCGACCCCUUCUCCGCCAUGACCAGAAAGCCCACAGCUGCAGCUGCUUCGCCGAGCGUUGAACCUACCAAGAGACCCGAGAUGCCUAUCAACCGUCGUCAGACUGAAGCAGCUAUCCCUUCGUCAACAUCAGUUGACACAAAGCGCUAUGCUGGCCAGAUCGAGCAGAAGAGACCGCCUCUGAUUCCGACUGCGACUGCUCCUUCGCGCCAAGAGCUACAGCACGCAGCUCCUCUGAACCACGGCAGAGUUAGCAACCCACGUCACAUUCCGUCUCCCAGUUCUUCGGCUCCUCAAACAUCACCUAUGCACGACAAGAUGUCUCGACAGUCGCGCGACCCAAACACAGCCCACGACUUGACAUUCGAGAAAGAGUAUGUUAUGGUUGAAAAGAAAGCUGUCGAAGUCAACGCUUUCGCCGAUGAGCUCGCGGAUCGCAACAGACAGCCCGAGAACAACACAAGUGGUAUGACUCGUCGUACCACGGCUCCGGGAGUGCCUGGCGCCAAUAUUGUGUCGAAUGCACUGAAGGCAGUGUCCGGCAGACAGAUAGGCACCGUUCCCAGUCGGCGUCCCUCGUUCGACCUACGUGGUCAGGGUCCAACACCUACAGACUAUCUCUCAAAGGCUUUGAAUGCAGCCAACAAUCGUCUACGAACCGUAUGGACUGGACAGGCCCAAGGUAUAUCCCCACCUCAAGGAUAUGCUGGGUUCCCUGCAUCUUCAGCACCGCCUCCCCAACUGACAAUGGGCGACGGAAGACACUCGCCAAGCAACAGCGACGAGGAUAGUCGACUGCUGUCAAUCGUGAAGGAGGGCGCAACUCGCAGUGACGUCGUAUACGGCUUUGCCGAAGUCAAGUACAGACAGUUGCUUCCCGCGACACCUUCAGCACAAGACAGACCCAUGAUUCAGCAGAUCGGCGCGCUGGAGCAGCCUCCCAACACUGGCGAGGACCCCAACGAUGAUCUUACUCAAACCGCUAUCGUGGCGUUGGCAGAGGAGGCAUUUGUCCUUUACGUCAAGGCCUUGGCCAUCUUGGUAAAGACCAUUAAUCUCGUAAAGCACUGGUGGGAUCGCCAACGCAGGCUCGACACUCCACCCGGAUCGCUUCCGUCAAGACUCAGUGACGCCAAGCAAAGCUCUAUUGAAAUGAGCAAGCAGAUGAACAGUGUUGUUCAAUGGGCUCGCACUCGCUUCAAUGAGAGUCUCGAGAAGUCUGAAUUGGUUGGACGCCUGUUGAUGGAAGCCCAGAAGCAGCUACCACUUAGCCACCCAGGACACCCCAACAACCACGCCCAGUCACAGACUUCGGGAAGCGGCAACAACAUGAGUGCUGCUGUUGAUCAUAUUCAACUCACCAGCGGCGUUACAGCCGAGAAGUUGAUGUUCGACCGCGCUGUUGAGAUGAGCCGUGGUGCGGCCAUCAACGAGCUGAUGGGAAAAGAGUUCAAGGGCUGUGAGCUUAGCUACAUCACAUCAAUCAUGCUCUUGGAAGCGGUUCUUGAGAAUGAUGAUGAGCCUUUACUCUCCAAGCACAGCGCGUACAAGGCCAGAGCUGGUGUCACUAUCAAUGGCAUCGACACUGAAGAUCGCGAAACCGUUCUCAAGCUGAUCGAAGGUACUGCUGGCAGACUCGAUGGUCUUCGCCGCAAACUCACACAACAGAUCGUGUCGAGAGAGCCUACUCCGACAACUACGAUUAGGCCUAUGGCAAGAACAUCCUCCUCGCCGGGCACAGCUAUGGGUACAUCACCCAGAUAG